CCGGAAAUGAGGUCACGGAGGGAAGCCCCGGCGGGGAGACUCGGCCCCGAAAGCGGUGGUCGUUGGAGGUGGCUGCGGCAGCCGAUGUGGCCUCAUGGAUGAGCUGGUACAUGACUUAGCCUCAGCCUUGGAGCAGACAUCUGAGCAGAAUAAGCUUGGUGAACUCUGGGAGGAGAUGGCCCUGAGCCCUCGGCAGCAGAGGCGGCAGCUUCGCAAACGCAGAGGCCGGAAGCGCCGUUCAGACUUCACUCACCUGGCGGAGCAUACCUGCUGCUACAGUGAGGCCUCCGAGUCAAGUCUGGAUGAGGCUAUUAAGGACUGUCGAGAAAUGGCCCCAGUCACCAAUUUUAGUGACUCUGAUGACACCAUGGUAGCCAAACGACACCCAGCUCUCAACGCCAUUGUUAAGAGUAAGCAACAUUCUUGGCAUGAAUCUGACUCUUUUACUGAAAAUGCACCUUGUCGACCACUCCGGCGCCGGCGUAAGGUGAAGCGAGUGACCUCAGAGGUGGCUGCCAGCCUUCAGCAGAAGCUCAAGGUGUCAGAUUGGAGCUAUGAGAGAGGCUGCAGGUUCAAGUCUGCUAAGAAGCAGCGUCUGUCCCGCUGGAAGGAGAAUAGUCCCUGGACCUCGUCAGGUCAUGGGUUGUGUGAAUCAGCAGAAAAUAGGACUUUCCUAAGCAAAACGGGAAGGAAAGAAAGGAUGGAAUGUGAAGCAGAUGAACAAAAACAGGGUUCUGAUGAGAACAUGUCAGAAUGGUUAUUACAAGAUACUGAAUAUAGUUCCCUGUGCUAUAUACAUGAAACCAGCAGUGUGUGUAGCAGCAGUGACACAGGGCUCUUUACCAACGAUGAAGGACGGCAAGGGGAUGAUGAGCAGAGUGAUUGGUUCUAUGAAGGAGAGUGUGUCACAGGAUUCACUGUCCCCAAUCUUCUGCCCAAGUGGGCUCCUGAUCAUUGCUCUGAAGUAGAAAGAAUGGAUUCUGGACUGGAUAAACUUUCAGAUUCCACAUUCCUUUUGCCUUCUCGACCAGCUCAAAGAGGGUACCAUGCUCGCUUGAAUCGUCUCCCUGGAGCUGCAGCUCGGUGCCUCAGAAAGGGGCGAAGAAGGCUUGUUGGGAAGGACACCAGCAUAAGUAAUUUGGGUACUGAGAGGAUAGGCCACAUCAUUAGUGACCCUCGGCAGAAAGAAAAGAAUAAAGCUUUGGCUUCUGAUUUUCCUCACAUUUCUGCUUGUUCACAUGAGUUUAAUCCUCUUUCUCCCCUUUACUCCCUGGACGUUCUUGCUGAUGCUUCUCACCGAAGGUGUUCACCAGCGCACUGCUCUGCCAGACAGGCAAGCAUUCACCUGGGACCCCCGUGUUCACGUGACAUCAAGAGGAAACGGAAACCUGUGGCCACAGCAUCUCUGUCCAGCCCAAGUGCAGUUCACAUGGAGGCAGUGGAGCCAACCACACCAGCAUCACAGGCCCCCAAGUCUCCAGACUCUGAGUGGUUGGUUAGGACCUCUGCUGCAGAGAAAACCACAGACUCAGCUGCAGCUACGUUUUUUAAAAUGCCACAAGAAAAGAGCCCUGGAUACAGCUAGAAAGCAGGACUUCACCCACCAAGAGCCGACUGGAUGUUUGAAACAAAGUUAGACUUUGUAUCAUAUUAUCUUGCAUAUCUUAAUUGACAUUCCCAACCCUUUCACCACCAGGACUGACUCCUCUUCAAACAAAGAACUCUCUUAGAAAAUCAUGUUGUGGAAAUCUUUUUUUUUUUUUUUUAAUUGUAAAAUAUUGGGGCAGCAAUUUUUAUUUUUAAAAAGCUCAUCCUGUGCUAUAUUUGUUACAUUGCUAUUGCUGUCCCAACAGUUACCUACAGCUCUGUUUACAGAGCUGUUACUUUUUUGCAGGUAUGUCUUUUUUCUUGAAAAACUAGUAACUGCUUUUGCAAGUUUUUUGGGUAGAGCUUUUAAUACCAUUUGAGGAAGUUCCAGAUUUGCAGUCAGUUCCAGACAAAUUUGAACACAGGGUUAAGACCUGUGUAUGGAAUUGUUUGCAGGAGAUAAGGCUUGCCUUUGAGCCUGGUCUUCAUUCAGGCAGAGUGCCAAUGAGAAAAAUCUAGCAAGUUCUCGAUUUGGAGCCUCAAAAGAGACACCAGCAGCGUGGGCCUUGGGAACUUACUCCAUUUUUGUAGACAGCCUAAUGGGAUCGUCAGCAGCUGCGCUGGACUUUGCCUCAUCUCCAAAGUUCAUGUUCUGCCAAAAGAGGACCUGUUAUGUAUCUACACAGAUUGGUGUAAAGAAGAUGGGUUAGGUGUUCAGCAACUUUAAAAUAGUCAGUGGAUUGUAUCUUAAUACUUCAUGUCGCAGUGUAGUAAGCCUUUAUGUACUAAACGAGAUUUUUAUUGUUAGUAUUAUAGGUCAAUAACCUGCAGCAGAAAUUCAUACUCUAUUAUAAUAACGGCUUCUCGGGGCCAUACCUUGGAGAGGAAAAAUGCCUUUUUGUCAUGCCUUUCUACUUGGCGUGUUUAUGAGGGCUCAGCUGCACGUAGUUAUAUACACAGCCGUGCCUGAAGUUGGAUGCCCCUUUGUCAGAAUGAGGAAUAAGUGACUGCCUCAAGCUGCUGGAGAAAAGCCACCCUUUCUAAAAAAGCAUUAUCAAAAGUGUCAUUCAGGGGCCUGGUUGACAGAAGGGCUCUUUCUUUGGGCAAAUUGAGUGCUUUUAUUCUGAAAUACACUGAAGCUGUUCUCCAGCGCCCGCUGCCCAGGUGACUUUCUUGAGGAACUCCCACUCCUGCGCCUGAGCCGGUGCUGAGCAGGACAGAGCCUCCUCUCCCUGCACGCGGUUGUCCAUUUUUCUCACACAGAUUGCAAUGGUGAGCUGCUCUGUUGUGUUCCUUUAGAGAUCGUUGUCCUUUUCAGUGGUAGCUCCAGAAUGUCCUUAUCGGUGGGGUGAGUGUGAAUCUAGUGGGGAGGAGGGACUUGAAACUAAGCUUACAUAGCACUUUAUGCAAGGCUGAGAGCAUGGAGGGGGGGCAGGCGGAGGUGCCGGAGUGAGGAGGAGCACUAAAGCCAGCGCAGCAUCCCCAGGGCCACUGGGUUCCCCUGCAUAGCGGGUGCACCUCCCCUCCCUGUGGCUGCGCCCACAGGAGAGAAAACAGUGUCUGUUGAGUGUAAGUGGCUCUACUCAAUUGUUUUAGUGAUGAGGGUAGGUUUUUGUUGUCAUAUGUACAUUUUUACCUAGUCCCCAUAGUGUCCUAAGGCACGUAUUUCUAACAUAACUUGUUGGAUUUAAGGGAGAACUCCAUGGACAUAAUUUUAUUUUCUUUGCACUGAGCUCCAGUGGCUCAUGCAGAGAUGGGUCCUGUGAUCGUGGCCUAUUGAAGACCCUGCAGUCCAGGCAGCAUCUCUUCUUCAUAACAUGUGGCCUAAUAGUUCUUCCUACAUGUGAUUAAAAGUAAUUUAUACAUACAACUUUAUUUAUUUUAAACAUCUCUGUGGUGACAGAGUUUAGUGACUUGCCCCAAAUCAUAUAAUCAAGCUAAGGCUUAAAAUCCCAGACUUUAAGACUUUUCCUGCCCUAGGUUAUAAUCUUUUUUGUUGUUGUUGUUUACAACCUGAGUCACUCUGAGACCCAUAUUUUUGAAACGGUAUGCCAUGAAUGUUUAUCAUUUUUGAGGUAUGCUCUCCUACUAUUUUGAAUACUUUCAACAGGGAGCACUCAGAAAUGCCGUAUGUACCUGUAAUAAGUAGGAAAGGAAGUUAAUUGCCUAAGAGACUAGCCAUUAAGCACACAAAUACUUUUCCAACACAGGGUUGUAAAUUGCGCUGCUUAUUUUAAGCUGCUGCAUGAGCAUGCUUACAAAAUUAUUAACUGACUUAUUCUGCUUGUUUUUUUGUAUGAGUCCAUUCCAGAGAAAUAACCUUAGAAUCAAGUGUCUUUUGAAUCUUAAAUUUUAAAUUUCCUUUUUAUAUGACAAAGUAUAUAAUGUCAUAAAUCAAGAAAAAUCUGUUACCUUUCAACAAAAGAUAAUUUCACAAUCAGGUUUUGUAAUGUGUUAAAAAAAAAAAACUGUGAUAGCUUGACUUCCUUUGAGGAUGAUCAUUGAGCUCACAUGUGUUUGAUCUGCUCAAAAGUAAUAACUGAAGCAGAGUUCCACAGUUCUUAUUUCAGGGUUCUGAUUUUUCCCAGCUGGCUGCACAGUCUGCCUGUCUGAAUCCUAAUCUUGGGUAUUUUUCACAGUGGGCAAAGGCAAGACAUUAUCUACUUGCAUGAGCAUUAUUCCUAAAGGAUAGUUUUGCUUAUGAGUUUAAGGGAAUUUGAGAUUGUUUUUCAGAUGCAGUAUUUUAAAGGGAAAAACUUAUUUUCAUCAAAACUCGUGUUGCUUUUUGGUAAGAACUGUUCAGAAGAAGAAAUUAGUAGCUGUUUAAUGGUGCUAAAUUUGGGAAGGGCAGGGUAUGAUCUUUAUUGAGUGGUCUGUUCUUGAUAAAUAGGCCUCAUUUAGCACUGAAUUCUUUAGAAAUCAAAUGCAGUUGAAAAUUUCAGUAGGUGUUCUGUGCGGUUCAGUGGGUUUGUAGAUGUAAUUCUUGGUGUAUUUGUGGGAGACGGCGAGCUGUGAGUCUCUCUACUCCACCAUCUUGGUACCUCCUGCCUGAAAAUUUCAGAUGACGUGGUUUUGCUGGGCUAUAGAAACAGGCUGCAAAUAAGGCCAUUUUGGCAACAAAAUGACCAAAAGCUGAAAUAAAGCUUCUUAAUCUGUGAUACUUAUUGCAUCCUUUGCUAAGAGCAGCACCUAGGACAGGUAGUUAAACCAUUUCUGAAUCCAAAUAGAUGAAUGUGAUACAUCCUUGCAUUUGGAAUCAGAAAUGCAAUCUAGACCAUAGCAUAGCAAGUUCUGAUGCUGCAAAGUACAGGGGCAGAGUGACCACAGAUGUCAUUUAGAGUUGAACAAGUCACAGAAUGUCACAAGUAAGGAGUUAGGCUGGCGUUGUCAUUGCUGAUGUGAUGGGGUCUCCACUUUGGCUCCAGGCAGAGACUCCUGGUGAUGCAUGAUUCAUUUUCAGUCUUUGCUUUAUUUUGACUUCAUUACCAUGGUUCCGAGCACAAGCUUUUUAAAAGUUUCCUGGGGAGAAGGCUAUGUACAGAUCUCAGCAUUAGAAGCUGUAUUCAGCAUUCUGUAUGUUUGGUGAACCUUAUCUGAGCGGGAAUGAGAACAGAGUGGCUUUCUCUAGCAGCUGUGGAUACAGUCUAGUUGGGGGCAUAGCUUACAGGAUGUCUCAUGGGUUCAUGGAAUGGCAGGAGAGGAAGAAGCAGUUUGAUCUUGCUGUCAGCUGCUCCCUUUGUUAAUGUUUGAGCUGCGCAUUUUACUUGUCAGUAUUUCCUUAUCUCCCACUCCAUUCAUGACAGUUAGUGGAGUUACUGAUAGUGACAGCAAUCAAGUUGGGUUCCUACCCAAUUAGAAACCUGGUACAGAGGGAAAAGAUGAGGAAAUUGGUGGGUUCUGCUGUUAGCACAAAACAGAUGAACAUCAAAUGCCUGGGAAUAGCAACAUCAAAAAGAAACAAGGAAAUUUGAGUGAUCUUGCUGCAGACUCUGAAUUAUAAGGUUUUUAACAAGCCCAGCAAAACAAACUUAUGGCCAAAAGAAGAAACUUCCUUGAUACUGCACUGAACUUGGUAAAAUUGCCAAAUGUGGGGAAUAAAAAUUUUUUCAAGCAUGGUAUUGAAGAGUGGGGCAGAUCCUGAAGAUGGUCACCAGGGAAAGCAAUCUUGGCAAGGUCCAGAGUGGGAUGGCAAGGGGAGGAGAGGGAGAGAUGCUUAGAGCAAGGGUGCUGAGGCCCUUAGGCCAACAGCAUCAACACAUUCUCUCUUCCACCAGAUCUGCUGAAUCAGAAACUGAGGGCAAGGCCCAGCAGUCUUUUACAGGCCCUCCAAGGGAUUCCGGUGCACACUGAUGCUUGAGAACCACAAGCUUUGCCACAGUUGAAAAGAAAUGUUUUAAUAUACUGGUAUCCCCCCGAGGCUCUGAGGUGCUUUUAUAUUUUCCUCCUUAAGUAUAGAGGUGUUUUUGUACAGUUCUUUGCAGAAACUGUUAAAUGUCUUUAUUUCCUAUACUUUUCCCCUCAAGCUCCUGAAAGAUCUCCUGGAAACACUGAGAAAGGAUGAUGUGGAGAAAAUGCCAUUGAGGCCGUUUUUAGAUGGAUGGAAACAACCUUUUAAAAGUGGAUUAAAAUAUAACAAUGGAGUUUUAGUCUGUGAAUGAUAGUCAUGUUUUACAGUUGACAGUAAAACAUUAGUGUAAGAUACUGCCAUCCGUGAUUUUAUGAUACUUGUUCGUUACAUCUUAGUUUCAUGUGAAAAUGCCAUGUAUUUUCCAGUAUCAUCAUGAUGACGACUUUAAGGUGUGGCUCACAAAAAUGAAACAAAUAAUUGGAAAGAAAAACCACCCUGAGUACAUAGCUAUUGUGUAAUAAACACCUGUUGAGUUAUUGGUAAUCUUUUGCUGGGAAUUAAUCUCAGUACUUCAGAGCGUGUGAAAACCGAUUUUCAGUGAUGCCACUUAAUCACACCCCGUUGUCUUUGUUUUACAUUUCAGCUAGUGAUGCUACAGGGGUUGGGGGCCAACAGUAGCAGCAUGUUAUAUUUUUUUGUUGUCUGACUUACGGAUUUGGUGUUUCAGAAUAUAAUCAUCUUAAAGCUUUGAAAUUAAGUCAUGGCCAUUUCUUUAGAUGUUAUUUGGCCCUACUUUAUUACUAAAGCCUACAACCCGAAGCUCUGUCUUUCUGGGAGUAUGUGUGGCUAUGGAGGAGUGCGCUGGUAUCACUUCCUCAGGUGCUCAUGUUUUGUGCCUGGAUCUUUAUUUAUAAAAGGGACUGGGUGAUGACACGGAGAGGCCAGUGCUAUUGAAAGUCACAUGUUACUCACAGUUCCCCUAAAAACAUGUGGCAUGGCUCGACAUGCAGGGUCGCAGGACAAACACCAGGUUUACGUCAGCAGGCAGAAGACCCGGAGCAAGUGAUAGGUUUAGGCCAGAGCCUUGAUUGGAGUUUUCCCCAGAAAGGCUAAGCAGGGCAGGGAGAACAGUUCAGGAGUGGCUAGUGAAUAAUUCCAUGGCCUUUGGGCUACAUUGUGGGCUCCAGUUGCCUGGUGCUUGGCCCUGGGAUCACUGCUUCCUGGGGUGUGCAGGCCAGAUGCAGGAGGAAUGGCUCCAUCAGGCCUGGUUAGUCUGCAUGUCAAGAACACGAACGUGCUGCGGGCUGAGUCCUUCGCCAUCUCUAAGAACUGGCCAGCCCUGGGAAGGGCGGUCUCUCUCCAGCCAGAAAGGUUUUUUAAGAUGUCAAAAAACAUGAUUAAUACACAUGUAUAGGGUGUUUAACUCUUCUUUCAAUUCUUGUAGUCUUUUAAAACACCAUAUAAUUUUUCCCUUCCAUCUUGAAAACCAGUUAAAAGUACCUCUGGCCAAAAUGUUAGUGUUACUAGAUAUUAUCAAGGUGUGAGGACAUAAAAGUACUUUAAAGAUGUAAAUUAUGAAAAUUAUGAAAAUUAAUGGGUUUUUUUUUUACCUAAAAGUGAGUUCUGACCCUUGCAGAUCCCUCAUUCAAAUAUUUUUCAUUGAAAAAAGGAAAGAAAAUGUCAAGGAACUUACAAACGGCCUUGGUGACUUUGACUGAAAUCACCGUGUUUGACUAUGUAUAGAUUUUUCGUCUUGCUCCUCCCAGUGGGCCAUGUAUUUCUCCAUGAAACAUCUGCCACCCCAAAAUCAUGCUGAUAAUUUGAAUUGCUCUAAAUAUCUCAUUCAACCUCCCACCUGUUGUCAGCAGCUCUUGCAAACUGGCCAUUUUAAACCCUUCCAGCCCCCACCUUUCAACCCUGGCAGCUCUCACCCUCCCCUAACAGACAAUAGAGCAUUCGGCGGGAAACCCCAGUCAGUCACCUUCGUGUACACCCUUCCUCACCUCUUCUUUGUCUUUGUCUUGCCUGUCCUGCCCCUAAUGAAUCCUUUCUUCUACACUCUCCCUUCAUCGAAUGCCUUGCUUAGUACAGCUUCUCCUGACAUACGGCUUUGCUUUUAAACACAUUCAAAGUCUCCCCCUUCAAACAAAAAUACCCUUCCUCAACCCCUUGAACCCCUUGACUAGCACUGAAGUACUGCCCUCUCCUACACUUUCUGUCCGUUGUUAAUUCCACUGAAGCAGUAGUUUUUAUGGCUGCGCCCUGUGAUCAUCUCGGAAGAUUUUUUUAGAAUCCUGAUUCUCCCAACUGAACCACAGACCAGUCACACCAGAAUGUGGUGGAACAGCCUUUUUAAAGCAAGGACAUGCAGCCACCGUGCAGCCGGGGCUGAGAGCCAACAUGCUAAAAUCUGGUCGUACCCUCGCCGCCAUGAAAAUUGUUCUUGCUGGGUCCCGCUGGUGACUUUAGCUGCCAACAUUUAGUCCUUAGGUUGAUCUUUAUGUCUUGAUACCAUAUCAUCUCUUCUUUUCUGGAAUUCUACCUUUUCUGACCCUGCCCACCUGACUUUCCUUGUACUUACUUGCUCUUUUUUAGCCUCCACAGGUGGGCAGGUUGGUGUGGAGGUCAGUCCAACAUAGACUGACUCUGCUCUCACCUCCAGUACUUCAGUUAACACCUAUGUGCUAAUGAAUUCCUUUUGCCACACCAUCAUAACGCACUGGCCUAAAGCACAGACCUGGAGCGAAGCACUUACCUGCAGUAAUAAUGACUGUAAGGCCUACUCAAGGUGUCUGUUCCCACUUUUUGUUCCUCCUUCAAGCCCACUGAAGUAGGAAGUGGGAAGAAUUGCUGACCACGUUAGUCAGAUUCUAAGAUGGAUCACCCUUAUUUACUAGUGGGUGGAGUUGCUGAUCAUGAAAAGUCAGGCUGCACUGUGGUCCCCCAUCUGCUUUCUCCUUUCCAGGGUGUUGGACUGGUGAGGAGGCCUGGGCCCGCUUCUCCCUAGGAGGAAGCUACUCCCAUCUAGUGCUCGCUUCAGUUUUUUUUAUUUGCUGCAGUUGGUAAAGAUUUUAGUUUGGGUUUAGGGGAUGAGACAGAACCAUUCCUUCACCACUUUUGACCUUGGGUACCACGUUGGAGCUUACUUUAUCAGACAAGUUUUUAUUAGGGUCUCAGGCACUAUUCCUACUGCUGAUAAAGUGGGACUUGAUUUCCCACUUCACUACCAUCACCGCAUGCUGCCUCUGGAGCUGUGUGUAGGGGUUCCAUCCUCACCAGAAGGGACGCUGUUCCUGGCUUCUGGGCACCACUAGUUUCUGAUUCAAAAUCUGGGAUGGCUGGAUCAAAUUAGUAGUCAGGUGCCUAUGUCCUACCUCCAGGAAUGUUUAGCUUCCACUGGGAAUGGAUGAAUUCUUCAAGCGUAGGAGGGCAGUUUAGAUGCUGAACAGCCGACAGGGAUAGCAAAGGUCCAUUAGAGCCAUCGCCCUAUUCACUGAUUCAACAGGCAUGUACUUGGCACUCACUAAGCAGGCUUCCUUAGGAAUCUCUUGGGGAAGAGGGUGGCUGCUCCAAAGCAGAAUAUUCCUGGUUUCCUUAGAUAUACUCUGCUUGAACCAGUAGAUAGUAGAACCUAUCCAGAGCCCAUCAUCCUACUACCAUUACUACUACUACUAAUGAUAUUAAUAAAAUAAAUUUUAUUAAAAGUAAUAUUUGCUGAGUAUUAUAUGCCAUUUGUAAAUAGCAUCUCAAUCUUCAACAACUCUAAGAUAAGUGCUUUUAUCUCUAUUUUAAAGCAACGAAAUACUCUCAAAGCUAGAAAUUAAUUUACUCAAAGUCACAGCUAGUUAAGUGUCAACGAGGACUCAAAUUUUAAGUCUGUUUGAUGCUAGAGUUUCCAUUGCCAACUGAUACCCUAUGCUGCCCCUUUUCAUAAUAUUGGUGAACUAUUGGUGGGCAUGUAUAUCUGAAAUAAACUACGUGCCCCCCAGCCCAGAAUCGGGUGUCUGGUGAGACCCUUUUACUUCAUCUACCUGUUACUCCUGAUGAGCUGACUCCCUGUCAGAGCAGCUGGGAAUGGGCUGGUCUCUUCUCUGUGCCUACAUAUUGAAAGAAGAUGGCCAGUUUCUGUGGCAUUCUCUUAAAAAUGGGCUACUUUUAUUUUUGAAAGUGACUAGAGCAAAAGUCAAUAUAAUCUUCCAAACCUAUGGCAAUAAAAAAUAUUGCCCUUUGUGUGCCAAAGCAAAACUGGUCCCUGAACUAGGAAGACAUGACUUUGAGUUGUUAGUUGCUGUUAAGACUAUUCUGACUACUUGCUAAACAUCUCACAGAACUGCUAGCAAAAUAGCUGUCUUAAUUAACAGUCUUGGCCUUUAUAAACAUCCUUCCAAAUCAGUAGAUGUGUAUAGAACACGUUUUAUGCCAACCAUUCUGCUAGGAGCUGAGUAUGCAAAGAGGAAAGGCAUUUCUAGUGUUACAAAGUUUAUGGUCUUCUGAAGAAGAGACAAGGAAAGCAAAUAUUACAAUGUAGAGUGAUACAUUUUGAGACAAGAAUAUCAGGGUUUGGGGCAGCAAGGAGGAAGCCACUCUUAAAUUGAAAUGAACACGGAGGAUUCGAAAAAUACCACACACAGUCUUGAAGGAUGAACAGGAGCUCAGUGAAGAAGAAAGGAUGAGGCCAUUCAAGGGUAAAGAGCAUGGUCUGCUCAGGCCACUGCAACUAUUUUGGCAUCGCUGAUGUAUAAAGCACGUGGAGGAGCAAGGAGAGGUAGGCAGGAGGGGCCCUGUGUACACUGGCUUACCCGUUGAUUUGGAGAGCUGUGAUAGUAUUCCUCUCUGUGCACUCACGGAAACCCUAUUGCAACUGGUGUUUGUGCAAACAACGUGCUGGAACUGAGAUGUAAACUGGUUUGCAUCUCCUUGUUCCCCUUUCUGGAAAGUAUAACCAGGUCCACCUAUUUGUAGGAGCUGCUGACAUAUUUAGGAGUAAAUUAAACUGAAUUGGAAAGCUUCUACCAUGGCUGACCGAUUCCCUUAUGUGUUCUAUCAUGAUACUAGUCUGAAAGUACUCUCCUUGAACCAUCUUAUCUUGGUAGAACUUAAUGCAUAACAUGAUGGUCUUAAUUCCUAGAACUGUUCUUUAGUAACAGUUUGUUGCUAUCAACCACCAGUUAUGCAUUUGGGGCUCUAUUUCUUGGUGGAGACAGAAGAUUUGUGUUGAUCCAUUCACACGUUUUAGAUCAGGGACCUUUGCAAUCUUUGCAAUUUCAAAGCUGCAGAAAGUGUCCAUAGGGUGAAACCAGUGCAGCUGGCCCACACUAAGCUCUGAUCCCAUCCUAGGAAUAAUAAAAUGAGCUAAACCCUUUGAAACUUAAACAAAGCCAAGUAAGUGGUUUUGGCCCACAGUGGUGAGUUAUGGCCCUUUUCUGGCGAGCCACAUUAAUACGACUCAGUGCCUCCUCUCCACAUUUUCUGGGGUCCUUGAUUCAAAACUGUAAAAAACAUUUCAUUUUGAAAUAAUUUUGGACUUCCAGGGAAGUUGCAAGAAGAGGACAGAGUUGCCAUAGGCCUUCCUCCCAACUUCUAAUGUUAACAACUUCACACAGCUGUGGUACAAGUAUUGAAACCAGGAAGUGACCAUUGACACAAUCCUACUAACUAAACUACAUACUGUAUUUAUAUUUCAUCUGUUUUCCCAAUAAUGUUUUUUUCAAUACAGGAUCCGUAUUCACCAGUGUCUCCUUCUGGGCUUUCUAUUCUAUUCCACUGGUCUAUUUGUCUCUUUGUGCACAGUACCAUGCUGUUUUAAUUAUGGAAACUUAAUAUUUUUAAUGUCUGGGAGAGCUAGUUGCCUCUUUUACUUUUUCAGUGUUUUCCUGGCUAUUCAUACAUGUUUGUUUCUCUGUGCAAACUUUAGUAUCAACCUGUCUAACUCCAUUAAAAAGUGUGUUGAUAUUUUUAUUGAGAUUGUAUUAUAUUAACUAAAGGAAAACGGACACCAUUACAAUUUUGAGUCAUCCUGUCCAAGAACAGGGGAUGUAUUGUUCAAGUCUACUUUUGUGCUUUUUCAGGGCUGUUUUAAAAUUUUCCUUCUAUAUGUUUUGCACAUUUCUUGUUAAGUUUAUCCUUAAGCAUUUAAUCUUUGUUGCUAGUAAAUGGGAUUUUCUCUGCCA